CUCUGCACCUGCUCCUCCCCUCCUCCCUUGUUAUCCUCGGAGUCAGAGCAGCCGCGCUCCUUCCUCGCCAAGUGAUGCUCCUCGGCGGGGCGGCGCGGCGCACAUCGGGUGGGUAAUCGCCGCUCGCUCCGCUGCAAGGAGGGCAGCCGGGGCUGGAGGGGUUGUUGUUUUUUUUUCUUCCUUUUCUUCCUCCCCGGGUAAUCACUCAUUAGCUCCAAGACGACUGAACAUGGGAAUUUAACUGAGCUUCUGUGCGGGUGAGCUGGAGCAGGGUGGAACGACCAAGACGGGCUCAAGUCCCAUCCGAGGGAAGAGCAGGAGCAGGAGGAGGAGGAGGAGGAGAGGGACCACGGGGGAAACGGUCCCGUUGAGACAGGGGAGAGGGGUUUGUGCUUGACAAUAGUUUGAAUUGGACUCCGGCUGCUGGUUUCUGUUGUUUGGUUGUGAAGAAUAAAACCACACGGGACGCGGCUCCUGGAGUUGCGAUGGAGUGAGUGGAGGAGAGGGCGCGCGGUGACUUCAGCCUCGCCAUGAAAUCCGUGCUGUUCAGCCGCUUCUUCAUUCUGCUGCCCUGGGUCCUGAUUGUCAUCAUCAUGAUCGACAUCGACAGCAAAAGGACGCUCCGGGCUCCGGCGGCCGGCCGGAGCGGCCGCGCGCAGCGGGCGGCCCGCACCGGCGCACCGCGGGUCGGCGUCCCGCGCAACCAGUCCGCCCUGCCGGUCAUCUACGCCAUCACCCCGACGUACACGCGGCCGGUGCAGAAAGCGGAGCUGACCCGGCUGGCCCACGCCUUCCGCCAGGUGCCCCGGUUCCACUGGGUCGUGGUGGAGGACGCCGCGGUGCGCACGGAGCUGGUGGCGCGCUUCCUGGCGCGCUGCCGCGUGCCGUUCACGCACCUGCACGUGUUCACCCCGCGCAGGUUCAAGCGCACCGGGAUGCCACGCGCCACCGAGCAGAGGAAUGUGGCCCUCGCGUGGCUCCGGCAGCACCGGAGCAGGCGGGACCCCGGGGUGGUCUUCUUCGCGGAUGACGACAACACGUACAGCCUGGAGCUGUUUGAAGAGAUGCGUAGCACUGGAGGUGUGUCUGUUUGGCCCGUGGGAUUUGUUGGUGGCAGAGCUUACGAGCGCCCCCUGGUGUCUGGGGGCAAAGUUGUGGGUUGGUACACCGGCUGGAGACCGGACAGACCCUUUGCCAUCGACAUGGCAGGUUUCGCGGUGAACCUCCAGGUGGUCCUGGCGAACCCGCGGGCGCUCUUCAAGCGGCGCGGCUCCCAGCCGGGAAUGCAGGAGUCGGACUUCCUCAAGCAGAUCACCAAGGUCACCGAGCUGGAGCCCAAGGCCAACAACUGCACCCAGGUGCUGGUGUGGCACACUCGCACCGAGAAGCCGCAACUUGCAAACGAGCCCAAACAUCGAAGGGACACCGUGGUCAUUGAGGUGUGAGAGGACGGAGCUGAGCAGAGGAUCCAAAAGCAGAAGGCUGAUUUGUGGCUGAGUGUAUCUCUUGGCUGGGACAAAAGACGGCCUCCUGCUUUGUCUCCUUAUCGAAUCAUACAAUCUGUUCACGGCGGCCACAGACUCGGCGGAGCUGCAUGGUUCGAGACUUCUGGCCGUCUGUCCAAAUGCGCUCCGUAAGAACUGGACAACACUUCGUUUUACAAACUGAGAUGACUUGGAUUGUUCACUUCCUCCAUCUACCGUUUGCCGGUUGUGGGCAAAAACUGCAAAAACCAUGUUGAAUCAGUAAUACGCCGUCGUCAAAUGAACCGUUUCCAUAAACGAGGCUUGUGGUCCAUAUGUUUCAUGACAGUGGUAUUGUAUUGCUGAUGUUUGUCAUAUUUAAAAUGUUAACAUUUGGGGGAAAUAUGUCAAUCAAGACCUCAAAAACAGAUGCAUUGACACAAUCUACUGCAUCUCACUCAUUGCCAUUUGUGGCGUUAGGGAAAGUCAUGUGGUGAAAUUAUUUAUCUGGGGGGGAAAAAAAAUCAUUCAAUCAGAAUUGAAACACAAAGCUACGGGACGAAUGGAUACAUUGUUUUUCUGUUGUAAAACAUGGGAGAGUUAAACUCCAGUCGAAUCUCAAAAUUGUCAUUUUUACGUUACAACGUGUUGAUCUUUUUAACAUAGAAGAUAAAAUGUGUUCAUUGGAUUCAGAGACGAUGGGAUUGUCUAAUAGCGGUGAGUGCGUUUCCAAAAGUAUUAGUAUCAUUUGUUUAAAACCACACUUUGCAUAACAACUCUACAACUGUCUCAUUGAGCAGAUUUUUUUUAAACAUACAUCAGCUGUUCACUCCUUUUAUCACCUGCCAAAUGUUUUAGCUCCAUUUGAUCUGAAACAACAGCAGCUUCUUCAUAUCUGUACACCACGAGCAGCUCUGGUCUUCAUUGGUGACAUAAAUUCCAUUAAUGUCUCAAAGGUAACGUGGUCAUGAUUUAUUGACGCCUAAACGCAACGUAACGCUCCUUUAAAUCACCCUGAACUGUUCACAUGUAGCGGACUCGAUCGACCUUUGCCCUCCUCUCAUCCUGCACGUGUGUGAUCAGGUUUGGAAGUGGCACGCGCAAGAAGAAACGAGAAACACCUCUCCUGACAAACCCCUAUCAAUAAUGUAGCGUCUCUGGGCCGACAACAGAGAGAGAACCCUCCCUCACAGGGAAAGAAAAAACCCCAGCAGAAAGAAAUGGAGAGGAAUGAAUGGAGUCGAUGGGAUGUGAGCAGCACAUCAGAUAGGUUUCCGGUUUCACAGCACAAAUGUGCAAGGAACCAUCUUCUUCGGACUAUUUCGACAGCAGUGUUGCCUUGAAGCUGGAGUGCGGGACUCUUACGUACAAAUGAAACGUGUUCCAUUCAAGCACUUCCCCAAACGGGUUCACGUUUCAAGUUUCACAUCCGGCGUCCGUCGCGACAGUCACCAGAGCUGAAACGGUGGCCGCAUCCGACGCGACGGAGAGACAGCACGGCGGGAAGAAGCCUCCAAGAAAACGUCUUUGAUACUCCGCCGCAGAAAGAAAGUCAGCGUUCAGAGAAAAAGGACUGCAGUCUAAAGAAGAAAGCGAUGGACGGCCCCAGCAGGUGUGGCUGAAAGAAGAGAUGGGAAGUCGCCUUCCUGCUCUUGGGACAGUUUGGCAUCCGUAUGGUAUUUGGAGUGGACUACGUAGCCGUUACAUUUACUCUAAAAAAUGAGUUACUGUCAUGGAACUGUGGGAAUUUUGUUCGGCUAAAGUUCCACACCGCAGGUUUAACACUGAACUGUAGAGAGGGCCGAACAUGUGUUUGUAUUUCAUGUACACGCAGGAAAUAAAAACAGGAUUGAAUCCAGGA